AUGUCGAGGAAUCAGAGGACGCCGCAGAAAAACACCGACAAUGUGGUGGAGGUGAAGAGCAAAUUUGAAGCAGAGUACAGGCGCUUUGCACUUCAGAGGAAUGGAAUUGUCAGCUUCGAGGAGUUUUACCGGCUUCUGCAGACUGUACACCGCAUUCCUGGUGUGGAUGUGCUACUGGGCUACGCUGAUGUCCACGGAGACUUGCUGCCCAUCAACAAUGACGAUAACUUCCAAAAAGCCCUGUCUUCUGCUAACCCUUUGUUGAGGAUUAUCAUCCAGAGGAGAGAUGUGGAAGAGCCUGUGGUCUUUGGCACAAACUCUCUGCAGAGAAGAAAGAAGGGUCUGCCAGGCCUGCGCGCCGCCCAACAAAAAAACAAGGCAUCCUUGUUGAUCAGCCUUCCACAGGACUUUCGCCAGAUCUCGUCCAUCAUCGACGUGGACAUUCUGCCUGAAACUCACCGGCGUGUGCGUCUGCACAAGCACGGCACCCAUAAACCUCUGGGCUUCUACAUCCGUGACGGUGUGAGCGUUCGUGUCACACAGCAGGGUGUAGAGAAAGUACCUGGUGUUUUCAUUUCCCGCCUGGUUCGGGGAGGCUUGGCCGAAAGCACUGGCUUGCUCGGAGUCAACGAUGAGAUCCUGGAAGUCAACGGCAUUGAUGUGGCCGGCAAGUCGCUGGAUCAGGUGACAGACAUGAUGGUGGCCAACAGCCAUAAUCUAAUUGUGACGGUUAAGCCGGCCAACCAGCGCAACAACGUUGUGCACAGAGGCAGCAAAAACUCAGUUGGAAAUUCUGCUGGUUCCGCAGGUUCUGCAGUUUCCCAGGACUCCAUCCCCAGCCCUGCUUCUCAAACUGUUAGCCAGUAUAGCAACAGUGUAUUGGAAGAAGAUAGCGAUGAUGAUGAAUCCGAUCUCAUCAUUGAGAGUGAUAAUCUGCCUUCCUAUAAGCCCCACCAUCUGACCAAUGGAAAUGGCAUCCACAGCAUUGCAUCACUGGGUGCUUUUGGACAGAGGUCUCUCCCUCAGAGCGUCUCGUUGCCCAGUAGCAGCUCUCAGAGCUCACUGACCACACCUACACACAACAGCAGCUCCCAUAAGACGAGCAGCAGCCAGGAGAGCAUGAGAGAGGACGGCAACGUUAUUACAUUGUGAACAACCCUGUAAUCAUAUUAGAUGAUUUAUAUGAAGACUUUAUGCACAAUUAAACUAUGUGAAGGCUAAAUGCACUGUUUUAUGGUACUGAAGAUGUUGAUCUCCCUUAGGACUCAAGGGCAGGAAAAGGGGGAUGAAAAAGGAGUUAAUAAGGGUUGAGUGCAACCUUGUUCUGGACAAUGUGUGCCACCUCAUAGAAGUGCCUUAUGGUCUAAUUUUAUCUCAAUACUAAGGUCAUUUAUCUCAUAUAUCAAGAAAAAAAACUGUC